AAGGCUGCUGUGAUCAACAGCUUGUCACCACAAGCUCUCUAACUCCACCUGAGGACAGGCGUGACAAGAGCUCAGCUCAGACUCACUGCUGCCAACACAGAGGAAGACAUGGUGUCAAUCAAAGCUACAGUUGUGGUGAUCACGCUCCUCACCUUUUGUCUUCUGGCCACAAGUACAUCUGCAGUGUAUCAUGGAUGUUGUCGAAGUUACAUGACAACCAAAAUACCAUUUCGUGCAAUCAAGGGGUACUCAGUCCAGACCGUCACAGAGAUGUGUCCUAUCAACGCCAUCAUUUUCCACACAAAGAAGGGUAAAGCAUGCACCAAUCCUGCUUUGAACUGGGUGAUGGACUAUGUCGACCGUUUAAGGAACAAAGCACAAAUGGUUCACAUCAAGACCUCCCAAGCGCAGAAAUAGAGCGUUUUUCUGCUUUUUGCAGAGAGAUGGUGGAGCCCUGCUGUAGCAAGCAAUUUGUUCUCAUGUAUCUCAGCUUUGCCUGACAUCCAGUAACCAAUGACAUUUCAGUUUUAUAACUCAGUGAACUCCUGUUUGAAGUUGGUUUAACGAAACUGCUGAUAAUAAAAAAUGUGUUGUUAAUACAGGUAUCAGCUCAGUUGUAAGAGCACUGUAUAAUAUUAUUUUUAUAUAUCUUUUUUUAUAUUAUAUGUAUUUGUACAUGUUUUAAUAUAGAAACAUUAAACUUUUGAUAAA